AUGAAAUUAUACCAUUUCAUUAUUGUGGAUCCAAAAACCAGAGAGGAAAAGCAAAUUAUAGUUUCGGCUGAUGAUAGUAUUCAGCCUAACUCAACUUUGAUGGAUCUAACAAAGCUAAAGCCUGCAUUCCAGAAAGAUAGUUCAACAACAGCAGGCAAUGCUAGUCAAGUUAGUGAUGGUGCCGCAGCAGUUCUCCUGAUGAAGAGAAGAGUAGCCAUGCAAAAGGGGCUUUCGAUUAUUGGAACCUUCAGGAGUUUUGCUACUGUCAGAGUAGACCCUGCUAUUAUAGGAGUUGGCCUGGCAUUUGCUAUUCCAGCUGCAGUAAAAUCUACUGGUCUUGAACUUCAUGACAUUGACUUGUUUGAAAUCAAUGAGGUACUGGUUUUACUAGUUGAAAAUGCUAACCUAUUUGCAAUCUAUUUUAUUAUGUCUGUACCAUGCUGA